CGAAAAAAAAAAGACCCGGUAGGCAGGUCGUCCAAGUCCAAGUCCUGAAAUGAACUUUGUCCCUUUGCCAGCCACAAGCACAAGUUCAGAGGGCAUAGAGAAUAGACGAGACAAGACUUCGCUCUGUUGUUAUCACUUGGGGGUUUGUGAGCCGAGCGUGAACUUGAAUUCCUCAAAGAUUGGAAGCUCUUGAGAGUUGAAAUGGCGUUGUCAAAAGCUGUGAAUGGUGUGUUUAUUGUUGCUGCAAAGAGAACAGCAUUUGGAACAUAUGGAGGAAAACUCAAGAACAUCUCAGCGACCGACCUGGGAGUGCUGUCGUCUCAAGCUGCGCUGCAGGCCGGGAACGUGAAGCCAGAAGACGUGAACUCAGUCAUCAUUGGCAACGUGAUCACUUCGUCAGUGGAUGGGAUCUACGCUCCUCGACAUAUUUCACUUCGCGUUGGCAUCCCAGAGGGUGUGCCCUGUCUAGGAGUGAACCGUCUGUGUGGCACAGGCUUCCAGGCUGUCGUUAAUGCUGCUCAGGAAAUUGAGCUGGGUCUGAGUGAUAUUGUUCUGGCUGGCGGUAUUGAAAACAUGACUCAAGUCCCGUACGCCGUGAGGAAUAUUCGCUUUGGUACCAAGUUCGGAGAUGAUUUGAGACUUCAAGACAUGUUGUGGGAGGGUCUGACAGACACGUACGUGGGUCUGCCCAUGGGUGUGACGGCGGAGAACUUGGCGGCGAAGUACGACAUUUCCCGCGAGGACUGCGACAGAUACGCCGCCCAGACACAGGAGAGGUGGGCCAAAGCGAAUGCGAAUGGUGUGUUUAAGGAUGAGAUUACCCCCAUCACUAUCAAAGGAAGGAAAGGGCCUGAAGAGUUUGCGGUCGACGAACACCCGCGAGCUGCGACCGCAGAGGCCAUGGCCAAACUGCCACCGGUGUUCAAGAAGAACGGCACAGUCACCGCGGCCAACGCCUCCGGCAUUGUUGAUGGAGCCUGUUCUCUCAUCGUGGCCAGCGAGGCAGCUGUGAAGAGACUCAACUUGGAACCUUUGGCCAGAUUGGCCGCUUAUGGCAUCUCAGGAUGCGACCCCAAGAUCAUGGGUAUAGGACCUGUGCCGGCCAGCAGAGCAGCUCUCGCCGCUGUGGGGAAAGAAGUCAAAGACAUCGAUGUCGUUGAGGUGAACGAGGCGUUUGCCCCGCAGUUCCUGGCGGUCAGCAAAGAGCUGGGUCUGGACAACGACAAGACCAACGUGAACGGUGGCGCCAUCGCUCUGGGUCACCCCCUCGCUGCCUCCGGUGCCCGCAUCACGACCAACCUCGUGCAUGAGAUCAGACAACUGACACAACACACAA